AUGGCCGACGAGAACACUCAGAAACCUGGCCUUGGACGAAGAAAGUCAUCGCUCAAUACACUCCGAGAAUUUUCGCAACGGUUGAAGCAUGUUGGACGCAAGACUUCGGAAAGUGUCGAGGAAGAAAGAGAGAUUAUUGGCGCUCAACCUCCUCAGUCAACAAACACUCGCGACAGCGUUCAAGAGCAGCUAUUGUCACCAAAACCGUCCAGCAACGAUAUGAGUACCACUACGACAAUAAUAGAGAGUUCUCCAAUUCUCGACAGCACUCCUUGGGUCGGCGGCACAGGCCUCGGAAAUGCAAACCUCGGAAAGUCUGGCCGUGUCAUUGAGAAACUCAUGGCCGAAAAUGAUAGACUCAAACGAGAGAUCAAAGCAGAGGCUGCAAAGAGAGAAGAGCUACAACGCACCGCAAAUGCACAGAAGCCUCGACUGGAGGCUCUCCAAGCCGAGAACGCACGACUCUCGCAUUGUAAAGCAGUAGACGAGAGCGUGAUCAAACGACGUGACCGCAAAAUCGAGGAUCUCAAGGCUGAGCUCGAUAUCGAGCGACAAAAGAGGGAGUCCUUGGAGCACCGAGUUCAAGAAGCCGAGCGCAAGAUGGGCGAGUACCAAGAGCACAGCAACAAAGAAGUCCAACAGGCUGUCGAAGAAGCCAAGCACGCAACUACACACGCCUCAAUUCUCGAAACAUCACACCGCCAGCUAUCGUCCGAAUACCGACAGCGUAUCGCAGCGGCUAACAAACAACUACGAGAGCUGAACGACGAUAGAGAAGAGGAUCGAAAACGCCUCAUCAAACUAGACGUUGUCAACCAUCAGAUGCGUCAAGAGUCGGAGAAAGCAAGAAAGCUGUACGGCGAACUGGUCACAGCGUCGGACAAAUACAAAGCAGAGAAGGAUUCUGAGGUUGAUCUUGUCCUUGGAGACGUCAAAGCACUCAAAGGAGGCAUCAACCACCGCGAGCUGGAACUGGAGAGCACGCUGGAAGAGAUGCAUGAGGUCAUGAAUCGUAUGAAGUGGCUCAUGAACAUGCAGAAAGUCAACAGCGAGAAUGGCGUAAACUCACCUCCACCAUCACCACCUUCUUGA